GCCACAUCUGUGAGAGGGAACACAGCAGCAAGGCUUUUCUUUGCCCCAAGGAAAAGGGAGAAGUCAUCAGUGAAGGAGAGUCUCUAUCAAAAGAAAUGAACAACACAGCUUUUAACAUUACAAACUUUUAUAACUUUCUUGACUAUGAAAAUUAUUCAUAUGAAUAUGAACUUAUGUAUGAAGACAGCCGUGUAUUGUUGAAAAGGAUGCACAUUGUCUCCAUGGUGAUCUACAGUCUUGCAUUUGUGCUGGGGGUCCUUGGCAAUGGGCUGGUCAUCUUCAUCACUGGCUUCCGUAUGAAGAAGACAGUCAACACGGUCUGGUUCCUCAACUUGGCCAUUGCUGACUUCACCUUCACCUUCUUCCUUCCCCUGAGUGUUGCUUAUGUAGCCCUGGAUUUCCACUGGCCUUUUGGCCUGGCCAUGUGCAAGAUCAACAGCACCCUCGCGUUCCUCAACCUCUAUGCCAGUGUUUAUCUCCUCAUGGUCAUCAGCAUCGACCGUUUCAUGUCUGUCAUGUUUCCGGUGUGGGCUCAGAAUUACCGAACACCACGGCUGGCUUCUUUUGUAGCCUUGGUUGUAUGGAUCCUGGCACUGGUGUUGUGUUCCCCAGCUAUCUAUUUCAGGCAAACAGCCCCAGCUGAAAAUGACGAGAAUCGUAUUAACUGCUAUAACCAUUAUGGGGACACCAAAGAGACUGUGAUGAUGAGGCUUCUUGCAAUGGUCAUCAGCCGCUUCAUCUUUGCCUUUUUCAUUCCUUUCACAGUUAUUCUUUUCUGCUAUGGAGCCAUUCUCCUGAGACUGAGAAGCAAUCAGUUGUCUCAGUCAAACAAGCCCUUCAAGGUCAUCACAGCAGUGAUUGUUGCUUUUUUUGUCUGCUGGUUGCCCUAUCAUAUUUUUUCUUUCAUUGAGUUAAAGCAUGGAGAACAGCCAGAGAUGGUGUUGGUACUGGUGAUUGGUGUUCCCUUGGCAUCAAGCUUGGCUUUCAUCAACAGCUGUCUCAACCCCAUCUUGUACGUCUUCAUGGGUCAGGAAUUCAAAAAGAGGCUGAGACUCUCCCUCUUUUCUGCAUUUGAGAAUGCCUUUGCUGAAGGGAACAGUCAGAGCACAAUGACUAACAAGACUAAAUCUUCAGUUCAGACGGUCUCCCAGGAGCUCUGAGUCCAGCUGAUAUCUCGGUUCUCAAAACCAUCCCAGUGCAAGGCUGUCAAAUUAACCCAUUCUGAAUCUGCUUUGCACUGUUCAGUUUCCCCAUCUGUUAAAGGACAAAGGUUCCUUGCUUUGAGGUUUGAUUCUUUGAGGCACAUCUGAAGAAAUGCAAAACUUAUGAUGAAAUCAGAUGCCUGGAUCCAGAAAUGGUCCCUUUGUAUGUAGCUAAUUCAGAUGUUCAAUUAACACAUUUCUGCAAUCCUCAUCUGGUCCCCAGUGAAAUGAGGUAUGUGCAUUUCCAUGAAAACCCACAGAUCACAGUGAUGUAGAUUUCAGAUAAAAUCUCUGGCAAUCUGAUAUUCAACAUAAAGACUAUUACUAUGUUGUAAAAUAACAUAAGCAGCAUGAAAGGAGUGCCUUGCCCUCCCACUUCCAUAUACUUCUCAUGCUCAAAGACAUCCUCUCAUCUAAUUGUAGAGUUGGAGACCUUAUAAGCAUCUGUCUACACCCCUGUUCAUAAAUUUAAAAAAUAGUGCUAAAAAAAGGAAUUCCCAGAUUCUGCUUGAAGACCUUCUGUGACUCAUUUUCUGUAGCUCACUUUUGCGGUAGAUAAUUGCUUUCCUUACUAAAUGGUUUUUGCAGACUGUUUCUCAGUAUUCAACCAAAGUCUACUCUCAUGUAAUUCCCAUUAGAUCCAGUCUAGAUUCCACCUUGGAAUACAAAAUAAUUCUCCUCAAUGCGAUUUAGAUAAACAUGUUCAUUGUAGCAUCAAAAAUAUGACACUUCUGCCUCAGCUGUCUAGCAAUAGCAUUCCAAACGUGAGGUGGUACCCCUACAUUCCUCCAGAUGAAGGAACAAUUCUAGUAUGAAAGUAAGGUGAGCUCCUGAUGUGGAAGAUGUCACCAGGCUCUAAUGCUUUGCCCUAGCCUUGUCCUUUUUUGGUACAAUGCAAGUUUUGUUGCAAAUGAGGAUUUGUGUUUCAGGUAGCAAAUUGAGGUGGGUUUCUUGUUUGGGGUAGACUGUGCAUAGGAUUACCAGAUAUCUGAACAGGCAAAGGAGGACAUGGACAAUUGGAAAGGAGGACAAAUGGGGAG